GCCAUCUGCCACCCCCACUGGGGGCCCUAAUGGGCCAGGCAGUGGGGUUGGGAGCUAUAAAGCCAGGAGGGCCCCGCAGCCCUCAGCCCCCUGGGACCAGCUGCACCCUGACACGGACGGCUAGCAGGUCCCCGUCCCCCGCCAUGGCCCUCUGGACGCGCCUCCUGCCCCUGCUGGCUUUGCUGGCCGUCUGGGCGCCUGUCCCUGCCAGAACCUUCGUGAACCAGCACCUGUGCGGCUCCCACCUGGUGGAGGCGCUCUACCUGGUGUGCGGGGAGCGUGGCUUUUUCUACACGCCCAAGGCCCGCCGGGAGGUGGAGGACCUGCCGGCAGCAGGGGACGCAGAGCUGGACAGGGUGCCUGGCGCAGACCCACAGCCCCGGGCCCUGGCGGGGGCGCUGCAAAGACGGGGCAUCGUGGAGCAGUGCUGCACCAGCAUCUGCUCACUCUACCAGCUGGAGAAUUACUGCAACUAGGCUGCCUCCCCCAGGCACUGGCGGCCCUGUGCCUUCUGCGCCCUGCGCCCCAAGUGAUUCAAUAAACCCUCUGCACGAGC